ACAAGUUGCUUUGAUGUGAGCCGCAGUAUUUUUUUGUGACUUACUGAAAAUGACAUGAUCAGAGCGUUUAUCGGCUCCGGAUAUGGAAUAUUCCAUUGGAAUACUGGUGCUAAUAUACUUAUGCAGCAUUUUCAAUGUCCACGAAGCUAACCGACAACGUCGUGAUGUAAGGAGGCUGCUGGACAAGUAUGAGUUCAACCGAGUUCUCCUUCAGUCUAUUCCACGGCCCUACCAGAUUGUCUUCCCCAAACAGGUCCGCAGAAAUGAGCUUGUGGGGAUCUCCACAAAGGAACACAGACUCAGGCACCAUGGAACACAUGAACACUUGAAACAUACAACAAUUCAGCUGGUGCUUGAUGGCAAGAAGUACAAGAUCAAACUAGAGAGAAAUGAAGCUCUUCUGUCGGCUGGGGUCAAGGUCAAGCACUAUCUGGAGGGGAACCAGCAGGUCAUCACCAAGACUGUGGAGCACUGCUAUUACCAUGGUUUCGUGAAGAGGGACGAGUGGUCAAGCGUUGCCGUUAGCACCUGUAGCGGGAUCAGAGGUGUGAUCCAGAUGCACAAUGAAACGUACGUCAUCCAGCCAAUGCUCGGAGGAGAUGAAGGGCUGCAGCAUCCCCAUAUUAUAUUCAAGGCUACAGAAUCGAGCAAGGAGAAAUGUGGUAACAGUGUGGGUCAGUGGCUGCCUUUUCAUGAACUCCACAAAGGAGAGUUCAUCAGGAAGUUGAAGGCGCUCCGAGCUCAGCGGACCCGGCGAGGAAAGACCAAGUUGCCGUCUAAAACGAUUCGACUCGCCCUGGUUCUUGAUAAAACCAUGUACACCAGACUGAACCUGAGCCACACAGAGAUGACCACAUACAGUCUUGGCAUUGGCAACAUUGUCGACCUGUAUUUCCGCGAGCUGAAGAUAAAGGUUGCGUUGAGUUACUUGGAGUACUGGAACCUGGCUGACCAGUUCGUAGUGAGUGGGAGACAGCGCGAGACGCUCAAGAAAUUCCUCACAUUCAAAACUCACUCCCUGCCAGACGCCAGCUUUGACAUUGCGUACUUCAUGACGGGAAUGGAUUUGGAAAAUGAUUCUAUAGGACUGGCUAUCCCUGAUUCAGUUUGUACAGACAGAGCUGUUGGAAUCUGCAAGAAUCCCAACACAUUUGAGCUUCAGCAGGCAGCCACGGUAUUGUCUCACAUGAUUGGACACAAUCUGGGGAUUGAACACGACGAGGAUGUUCAAUGGCGAACUUUAUACCAUGAAGGAGAUUGCCACUGUGCUGACAAAUAUGGCUGCAUUAUGUCGACCUCUGUUCUAGCCACUCGUGGUUUCCACUCGAGAAUGUUUUCCAACUGCAGCAAGUCUGACCUGGAUGUUGGUCUUGACAUGGAGAUUAUGUCUUGUCUGGAGGGAAAGCCACCAGUUAAUUUCCCUCAGACGUGUGGUAACAGUAUUGUUGAGCGGGGAGAGGAGUGUGACUGCGGAUCAGAAGAGGACUGUUUACUACAAGACCCAUGUUGCGACCCGUCCACCUGCCUGUUGAGAUUCUGGGCUCAGUGUCGGUCUGGUCCAUGCUGUUCCAACUGUACCGUUUUGUCAAGAGAUCAUGUGUGCCGACCACGCCAGACAGAAUGUGACGUCCCAGAAUUCUGUGACGGAGAAAGAGGGGAGUGUCCAUUCAACAACUACAUUCAAGAUGGCCACCCUUGUUACCACGGCACCGGUUACUGUAUUGGAGGCAUCUGUCCCACAUUGCCACAGCAGUGUCAGAUUAUUUGGGGAGAAGAUGCCACUGGUGGCGGCAGUAAGUGUUUUGAGCGGUUCAACCCAACUGGUAACUUCAACGGUCACUGUGGUAAAGAUGAGAACACGGGCAACUUCGCGCGGUGUUCACCUGAGAAUAUCAUGUGUGGAUUACUUCACUGUGAGGGUGGAAAUCGAGAACCACUGUUUGGUCCGGACAAAGAUUUCUCAAAAACGACUGUCAACUCCCAUGGGAUUGAGUAUGAGUGCAAGAGUGUGCACGGGCCGGCCAUGAUGGACGUUCCACACAUGGGUCUGGUACAAGACGGAACCAAGUGUGGAGACAACAAAGUUUGCAGUGCCACCAAGUGUGUACAGCUCACAGAGUUGCCUCCCCUCAACUGUCCGGGUACAACGAAGGCCAUCAUUUGUUCAGGACAUGGGGUGUGUACCAGAGACGACACAUGUUUCUGUGAUGACGGCUGGACCUCACCUGACUGUACGGUGAGACUGAACGUCACGUCACCGCCACCCACCACACCCGAGGUCAGCACCAUCGCCGUGACGACCACCAGGAGGGUUGUCCUUGCACCGGUGAACCCGCUGACCGUGACAGGGGAGACGACUCCGGCAGACCCAUCGUCACGUCCGGUGCUGACGGCCGGUAAACCGGGACUGAGCACAAUGUGGCUGAUCAUCAUCCUGGCGUCGGUGGUCGGCGGACUCGUACUCAUACUCAGCUUCACACUCUUCUGUUACAGACGUAAAUCUCCGAGCAAGCUACAGAAAGCGGUCACAAAAGGACUUCUGGGUAAUAAAGAUUCGUCGUCGAAGAAAGACGGUUCCAGCAGCUCACUGAACAGUCGCUACCUCAACCUGGGAAUACUUCCAUCGUACAAUCCUGACAAGCUAUUCGGUAAGAAGAAAAAGAAGAAGAAGGGAAAACACAUUUCCAGUGAAGAUGACAGCGACAUUGGCGAGUUACCUCCCCCUCCUAUCAUCGUGUCGGAUCCUAACAGUGCGAUGCCUGGCCGCAGCAUCUUGAAGAAUUCUAUGAUCAAACUGAACGAUGGUAAAGUCAGCAGCGACUCUAGAUCUGGGUCGGAACAAAACGACGACCGCGAUAGUGUCGGUCCGUACAUGUAUGACGAAGAUGAAGAUCUCGAAGCGGAGGAAAUACGCGAGAUUCUCGGCGAAGAAGAAGAUUUCGAACGUUCGAUGGACGCCCUCGAUCAACUUCCCGAGUCGGCGAGUUUUGACUUUGUACUGCCGCAACCCCUGCCACCACAUUUCGGCAUGCCGUCGCUGCACCCCUCUCCGCCUCUGUCGCACAAAAUCGGCCGACUGGACCUGCCCCUGAUGACAGAUUAUCAACAUCAGCCAUUACUGUGGAAGACUGUUCCACAUCCCGCGUCUCCCCCACGGUCUAAGAUCGUGAAGCUGAAGAAUUUGAAUGAUCUGCUUCGCCAUAUCGACAGACACACGAUCGACCUGUCACCAUCACCAGAAUUUGAGCCUCCAUUACAGGUUUCUCCUUCGACCUGCACAUCUGAGGAUGUGCGGAGUAGCGAGACAGACGCGCACUACCCCAGCACCCACACGUCUCAGUCUGACCACAGCCCCACCUCUCUGACCAGCAGUAGCACCAGAGAGACCACGCGGCCUGGGCUCGGCAAUCUCAGCCAGUACCUGCUCAACCGGAGAGACUUCAUGGACCACCAGUUCGAUGACCCGGACCUGCACCCACCACACAUUGACAUCCCCCCGCCAAUGAACCCGAUCAGUCUGAGGAACAUCUUCAACAUCGGGCAGACGGGCGUCCACCGCGACAACGACACGCCCAUCGGGAGUACGUCUGGUGAAAACACGUCGUUGAAUGGCACGGCGAACUCGCGUAACGGUGGGGAGAAGAGUUCUGGGUAUGGCAGCGAACACGAUCCCGAGAGAUUCAGCAUCGAGGACAUUUCCCGGUCGCAGUCGCGGUCCCAGUCGGCCUCCCCGCCUUCCUACAGCGCCGUUAUCAGAACCGGACCUAACCAGAUCAAACUAGUCCCCGCAGGACAGUCUCCACGCAGGGGAGGAGGCGGCUACGGCAACAAGGACGAACUUCACAAACUUCUCGACGGUCUACCGCGCAUCGACGCGGGGACCUUUGAGCGGAGUCCCAUACAGACGAACACGGGUGGUGUGUUCAGCACCCCGUCGAAAGUGGGCCUGAUGAAGGAUCAUUCUAGUGACUUGGAGCCAUGGUUCAACAGCAGCAGCAGGAGGGAUGACGGCUGCUCGGAGAGUAGCAGUGUGUCGUCGUACCCAUGCUCACUGUCCCACAAGGACCAGGCGUUCCUGGACAGUGACAACACGCCAUGCAUCGACCGCAGUCUUGAGGAGAUACCCCAGGACUUCUCCGUCGACAUGAAGAAUGCCAAGAAGGAGCACAGGAAGUCGCUGAUCAAGUCAAAGCAUCCCGCCAGUCUGAACGCUCAGAGGGGAAGUCCUGAACUAGGACUGUUGAGUCCAGAGUCUGAGAGUAGCAGAGACACGGUUCAGCACUGCACAUGAUUUGUCCUGCUCAAAGGUGUCAACUGUGAGUUGUCCUGCUCAAAGGUGUCAUCUGUGAGUUGUCCUGCUCAAAGGUGUCAUCUGUGAGUUGUCCUGCUCAAAGGUGUCAUCUGUGAGUUGUCCUGCUCAAAGGUGUCAUCUGUGAGUUGUCCUGCUCACAGUGUGAGUUCCUCAUAGUGUGAACAUUCGAGACAGAUGUCAAGUGUUAAGUUCUUAUAAUGAUGAACACAGUGAAAGUGUUUAGUUACAUUAGAAAUGUAUUAAUAAACAAUUUGCUCACUGCAUCAUUAGGUUCACACUUGUUAGUCUGUAGGUACUUUAGUGACUGGACUCUUGAUGUUUGUAGUGGAACUCGAACAGAAAUGAAGACCAAAAAGCAUUGAUGUUUUUGUGCUAUAGCAUACUAUUUGUUGUUGUCGUCAUCAUCAACAUCACCAUCACCAUCACCAAAAUGAUCAUCAUCAUUCUCAUUACCUAAAAUGGAAUAUUCACAGUCACUACAAUCAUCAUGGCAGUAAUUAUCAUCUUGAACAUUAAUUAUAAUGGACAUCAUCAUUAUCAUCACCAUUAUUGAUCGAUGGUGAUUUGAAAAUUAUUUAAAAAAAAGAUAUUUGCCAUUUCCCCCUCUUAUUCUGUCUUUGUUUAGCCAAAAGCGUAUUUUAGUUUGAACUGUCUCUAAUUUGUAACAAGAUGAGAUAAACAUUGUUUAAAAUAUAUAUAUAUAUAUAUAUAUAUAUUAAAAGUAUAUAUUUCACAAACGGUCAACCACCAUAGUUUUGUAGUUGACAUGGUGUUAUGGAAUGGUUGUGAAAAUAACUUAAUUAACAAAAUUUCUGUUAUUGUGAGCUUAGCAGACACCGAGAGGAAAAACAGAUCAAAUUUAAUUCACAACUAGCUUCAUAAUAUCUGUAAAAAACACAAAGAUGGGAUUGAAUAUCAGUAUUGUUGGAUUAAAUGUCAGUAACACCGUUAACCUGAUAACUCUAUGGAGAAGGGUUUUUUGCAGUCAUUAUUUGCUGUUGCUGUUGGUGUGAUCUGUUAUUUCUUGCCAUCAGCAUCUAAUAUUACAAAUAUGAAGAAGAAAAAAAUGGGGGAAAGUGUUUAUUAAACAAAAUAAAUGAUAGCUUUGGGAGAGGGUGGGGAUGUAUGGUUGAGGAUAGUGAGAACCUAUCAAAUUGAAUAUAUCAAUUGGUGAACAAGAAAAACUUGCUUGGUGCUAGGUUAGGCAAAUAUUGCUUCUUUAUACCAUCAAAUUGUGUGUGUGUGUUUCUUACCUUUAGAAGGAGUGCUUUUGUACAUUCAGUUUGUUGGUAUUUUUAUAUUUAUUAAAAUCCAAAUGAUGUACAUUUGCCUUCAAAUUUAGCAGUGGUUGACAAUGGAUUUACUAAUGCAAAUCUGAUGUCCUUGAUGUCACCUUGGGAUGGUAUUUUUUUAGAUGUUGUCUUGUUGAGAUGGCAUCACAAAUGUAAACCACUCAAAUGAUGAGUUUAAAACUAUGGUAUGUUUUAAUGCAGGUGUGUCUCCUUUUUUUUCUUUCUUUACAAUAUGCUGAAUUAAUAUUUUCAUGGUAUCAGCUGUGAACAUAGUGAAGUAUGUAUUCUUAAUUAUAGACUUAAUUUAGCUGUAGUGAAAACGCCAUACCAGUGAACAAAAUAUUAAUUAUGUGCUUUCUGCAUAUCAUUGGGGGUGUUUAAAUUAAUCAUGACUAUCAUAUUUUUAAUCUUAUAUAAAUAUGAAACAAUUGUGUGCUUGAGAUUUAUAUACUAUAGUGAUUAUAUUAAUAUAAUUACAGACAUAUUUUAAAUCUAGUCAGCUACUACCACUGUGAGAUAUUUUAAGUGUGUUAAUGAAUUGUAUAAUUAAUUAAUUAAUUAAACGAGGCUUCCACCA